GAUCAGACCGCCUCGCGCACGUUACGACUUACGGAGAACAAGCGCCGCUAUCGCGCCCGCCGCAAGGAAUACGUGGUCGAUCUCGAACGAAGGCUGAAAGAGGCGCGAGAGCGUGGUGUACAAGCUACGAAGGAGGUGCAACUUGCAGCUCAGCAGGUUGUGCAGGAAAAUGCUAGGCUCCGGGAGCUCCUCAACCUUGCUGGAUUCAGUCCCGAAGAUGUUGACGCCUGGCUCAUCCACGCAACCGAUAUAUCUUUGAACAUUAGGGACAAAGGGGGCGACACUCUGUCGCGAUCAAGCCAAGACCUGCAGUCCCCGAUGCCGCCCACCGGCAUUGACUCACAAUCUCGAUUAGGGGAGGUCUGUCGGUCAGCGUCCUCUCCGUACGGGGAUCCCUUGCUUGCGGCGAGGUCAAAGCCACCCUGCAAGCUUCUAUCGCGCCUCGCAGAGAACCCUGGUGCGGACCUGACCCAGAUUUCCGUUCUUCCAGCUGCGGAUGAGCUCGUUCCCGCUGCUGGCGGCGAUGCGGAGGGAGUUGAAUGUGCUAAGGCUUACGAGAUGCUGAUGCGUUUCGCGACAUCUGAGGAGAAGAUCGACGACGCUGCAAAGGCUUUAGAGAAUGGGUGCACGUCGAAUGGCCAGGGAGGGUGCGCUGUCAAGAAGAAGGUCAUUUGGCAAGUUCUGGAUGGGAUGGUAGGAUGAAGUAUUUAACCCGGAAUGGGUGGACUUGGAUUGAGAUAUCCGCCACGAGACAUUUUCUGCAAAAGGCCUUCUCUGAAGCGGCAUUACGCUCGGGGGGUUCCGGACGUUCAAAAGGCACGGCGCCGAGGUCGCGGAUCGUGGAGUCACUGCUAGUAUCCUGCUUGUGUGCGUCAGCUUAGCUCCGGACCACACUCUCCAAAUCAGAUUGGGUAGAAACCAGGGCCGACUGCUGCACCCCUCCAUCCAGGUGAGUGAUCCUGAC